AUGGCCCACAGAAUGACCCGGACACUUGAGGUCAACGGCAGGUCACCCAGGCAUGGAGGAGGAGGAGGUGGUGGUGAGGAAAGAGGAGGAGGAGAAGGAGGAGGAGGAGGAGGAACCCAUACCUUCUCCAUUCCCUCCUCUUCCUCCUCUCCUCUGAUAUCCCGAGCCAUCGUCCCCACCUCCCUCCCCUCCUCCCCUUCCCUCUCCUCCAUGUCCCCACCUUCCCUCCCCUCCCCGUCUUCUCCCCCGGCAUCCUUCUCCCCCAUCCUGCGUCCUGCCUCCUCCUCCUCCUUCCUCAUGACGCAGACGACGCAAGGACUCACCAGCUCCUUCAAUCAAUCCUACACGACGCUCGUAAGAUUGGAGGUUCAACCGACGAGCUUCGAAUCUACUGAAGGAGGCGAAGAAGGAGGGUUAGGAGGUGACAGAGGCUUAGAAACAGGGGUAGGUGCUGCAGGAGGGGGUGUAAGAGUCCCUGAUAACCCCUCUGAUAGCGAUAAGAUGACCCCUGCCAUAGAAAACGGAGGUCCGGGGCUCACGACGCAAGGGGGUACUUCAGAAAUCUUCGUCGAGGCUUUCCACACGAUGACAAGGACGAGCUACUCAAAUUGGGGGGACGUGGAGCUGUUUAUCAGGGAGGAAGAUGACCCCCUGCCUCCACAGACGCCCCACCAGAGGUCUCUACCCCAGAUCCCCCAGUCCUCAGCCCCCCAGAAACCCCCCUCUCAGCCCCCAGCCCCCCACAGAAGAGCUCGAUGGGACAAAGGCGUAGCGGAGGAGCAUCGGAAAAAUGGUUUAGUCCUUGCUCAAAUGGAGGAGGGGGAGCAGAGUGAGACGGAGUGGAAGGACGGGUGGAGUGAGACAAGGAGUGGAGCUGCCCGGGUCAGGUGGAAUGAAACGUGCCAAACCCAUGAGUGGAGGGAAACGGGGGCUGAAACUGGAGGGCAUCUGCGUGAGUGGAAUGAGAUGGACGAUGACUUAGACGAGUGGAACGAUGAAACGGGGAACAACGACACGGAUUUGGGUGAAACUGACAUCGGGGACACAACGGACCACAAUGAAACGGACCUCGGCGAAACAGACUACAACGAAACGGACUUGGGUGACACGGACCUGGGUGAAACGACGGACCACAACGAAACAGACUUGGGCGAAACGGAUUACAACGACCCCGACCAGACCGAAGAAUCCAAAGGAGACGAAACCAGAGCCAGCAACGAAGCGGGCGACGAAAACAAAAGCGAAACGACCACCACCAAAACGGCAGAUCAGAGCGACGCUUCACACCAAGACCCAACCCAACGACACACCGCAGGGAAACGGCAAGGGGACAAAACACGACCACCACGACCAACCCAUGGGGAAAUCGAGUUAGAACGACCCACCAAGCAAAAGGUAAAGAGGUCAGCUUCCGCGAGAUCAAGGAGAGGAAAACACAGCGACAUGGAGAAAGAGGAGACCGUUGAAAAGAAGAGCACCGAGGGGAACAGAGCCAAGACCGAGGCCGAGGUGAUGCUGCAUGUGCGGGAGAAGGAGAGGGCCGUGCGGGAGCUGUCCGUCAUGAGGUCACGUCUCGCUAACCUGAGGAAGAUCAUACACGGGAAGAAUGAGGAGAUAAGGACGCUGAAGGCAAGGCUGAAGGAGGAGAGGCAGACGGAGGUGACGGCCAGCAGGGAGAAGCUCGUUCGGCCCGGCACCCAGACCUCCUCCGCCGAGCUCGCGCACCUCCGCCGCCAGGUCGCCUCGCUUCGUCAGGAGAAAGAACGCCUUCGAGAGGAGGUGAGCAGCAAGGUGUCGGCGGAGAGGGAGCGCAAAGUGGAGCUUCUGAAGGCGCGGCAGGAGCAGGAGAGGCGCGUGAGGCAGGCGAAGAGGGAGGCGGUGCGGGAGGGCGUCAAGGAGAACAGGGAGAUUGCCACCCUGCAGAGGACCAUUGAGAUGAAGGAGAAGGAGCUCCGGGCCCGCCAGCAGGUCGUCCACAAGCUGGAGUGCGAGAAGAUGUACCUGGGCGAGGAAAUCCUGCGCAUCACCGGCGUGGAGGAAGGAUUCUGGUCCGAUCAAACCCUGGUGAGUAACCCCUAAAAAUAGGCUGUUACUGGCGAUGAAAGAGAAUGGAUUUUGAAGGGAUGCUAUAGUAAUUUGGAUGCUUGGUUGUAAUACCCUCUCUCUACUUCCCCUCUCUCCCCCUCUUCUUCCCCUUCCUCCUUACCCCAAGCACAGAGGCUAGGUAUGUCUGUCUUUAUGGUGCAAUGGUUAGCGGGUCCGUGUUCGAAUCUCAACGUAGGCAGUUAUCCAGCUAUUUAUCCUCCCUUUCGGACGGGUGGAUAAAUGUGUAUACCCUGCGAAACCUGGGGAAGGGAAACUGUGGUAUCCCUGAUGUCACGCGGAGAUG